UUGAAUUUUUGCGGUAAAUUAUUAAAUUUUUAACCAAUAUCAGUAUGGAUUACGAUAUGCAAGACUCUUCGAAUUUUUCUUCCUCUAGAUAUUCAAGAGGGUCAAAAAGGUAUCAAAAAGAUGUUGAAAUGGAGUCUGACAAUGGAGUAGAUGAUGAAGAGGCUGAAUUCUUAAAAGGAGACAACUUAGAUAGCCAACCUUCUACCAACUCUCGCUUACUUGUCCGCAGUAUGAGUAAAUCUCUAAGAAAUCUGAAAGAAUGAGAAGAGAGAGGCAUAGAUCCAGAAGAUUUUGAAAAUGAGCAGCAUUCUCGUACAAGAAGAUUAAAUAAUAGAGAAGAAAGUAAAAGGGGAGAUACAAAAUAUGAAGAGAUACGCAUCGAUCCUGAGAAGCAAAAAAGGAAUAUUGAGCAAGUUGAAAUUCUUUCUAAUGUAAUCAGCAAAUUGAUAUUAAGGCUCAGCAAUUUCACCUCUAUGUAUGUUGGAACAAAGUUCUUCUAUGAGCAGUAUGAUACUGUCAUGGAAAUGCUCAACAGAUUCAUUUAUAAUGAAAAUCAGUCAAUGAUUUUGAUGUCUCGUUCAAACACAGUUUUACAUCAAUUUAUCAGUAAGAUCAGGGAUGACCUAAAUGCAAAGCUCAAGGAAGAAGAUUCUGAGUGAGAUGUAAGAACAGUCAGGAUAAACUCAAUUUUGACCACCAAAGAGACUGCAAUUCUCAAUCAUUUUGCAGAGUGAUUAGGCAUGGACAGCGUAGACAAGCAAGGCUUAUCACAAGAGAUGAAGGAGAGAAUGGAAGAUUAUUUCAAACAGUUCCCUAACAUUGCUGUCAUUUUUAUUCUUGAAAAUGUAGAAUACUAUGUUGAAAACUCAAAGCAAUCUCUUUUAUAUAAAAUCUUGGACAUGCUACAGUAUGCUAAGAUUAAGUUCGCCUUUAUUGCUACUUCUCAAAGAGUUGACAUCAUCGAUAGUUUUGAGAAAAGAAUCAAAAGUAGAUUCUCACAUAGACAAAUCCUAUUUUAUAGUGAAGAUCUUGACACCUUUAAAGAGUGAAUCGAGGAUACAAUUCAAAAUAUUGGUGAAUAUGAUGAGACAUCAGAGCAAGGAAGACAGUUUCUGGGCUCUUUGCAUGAUUUUAUUAUGGAUUCAGAGUAUGGGUGUUCAAAAAUUUUCCAGAAAUUAUUUGAUAAAGGAAAGGAUUAUGAAUUUCUUUGUAGAACACUCAAAAUAGCACUUUCUCACCUCAACAGUACCUACCAUUCAGACCCAGACAUGAUUGAACAUUUUGAAGAUAAUGGUGGAGAGCUUUUUAGGAAGAGUCUUGAUUAUGUAGACAACCUCUCUACAUCCAAUGAUUUUAAAACAAUUUUGUCAAGGAUGCCGGAAGCUUACGUUGUGGUGUUGAUUUCUGCAAAGAAUUCUUUUCAGAAUUGAAUGCAAGAGUUCUUCAAUUUCACUCUAGCUUAUAAUGAAUAUAAGUUAUUUGUCAGAAGAAACCAAGGAAAUAUUGUGAGAAUAUCUAAGGAAACAUUCAUCAAAAUCUUUAUCGAUUUAGUGAAGAAAGGAUUCAUCAAGACAAAGGCAUCUACAGAGGCCAUCAUCAGUGUGAACAACAAAAUGGGAUUGGGAAUCGAAUUUGAAGAAUUAUCAACUAUGAUUAGAGAAAGAGUGAACUCAGACAAAGAGAUUUCAACCCUCGUGAGAAUAUUUUCGGAAAAUCGUUCUGGAGACACAUCAAGAUAAUUUGAUAAUUCAAUAUUAACUUUAACUUUG